CCAUAUUGGUGUCUCUGUUGUCUUUCUGUUUGUAGCUGGGUUUAAGGCGCUCUGGGGAGAAAUUACGCCACCAUGGAGCUUAAUACGCUUCUUGGCGCUUUUAAAGAUUUUGAGAAGAAAGGAAAACAGGAAACAUGCCCCAUUUUGGACCAGUUUUUGUGCCAUAUAGCCAAAACUGGAGAGACGAUGAUUCAGUGGUCCCAGUUUAAAAGCUACUUCCUAUUCAAGCUAGAAAAAGUCAUGGAUGAUUUUCAAGCCUCAUCUCCAGAGCAGCGAGGUCCUGCCAAUCCAAAUGUUGAAUACAUUCCAUUUAAAGAGAUGAAGGAGCGGAUACUUAAAAUUGUGGAUGGCUACAACGGGAUCCCUUUCACUAUCCAGCGUCUUUGUGAGCUGCUUACUGAGCCGAAGAGAAACUACACAGGAACGGACAAGUUCCUCCGAGGUGUGGAGAAGAAUGUGAUGGUGGUCAGCUGUGUGUAUCCUACCUCAGAAAAGAAUGGCUGCAGUGGUGUGAACAGAAUGAACGGAGUCAUGUUCCCUGGAAAUGCUUCUGCUCUUCUAGAUAGAAAUGUGAAUGGUCCAGGAACACUUAGAUCAAUAAAUAGAUCAAAGCUUUCUCUGUCAAGCAGCAUAACUGCCAACGGCCUCCCAGACAGCACAGAGACCAGCGAGCAAGUUCUUGAACAGACCGAGAGAACAGUCAGUGAUUCCUUGACAUCAGAAACGGUAUGCUCAAGUGAAGGGUUGACAAAGAGCAAGCACCGCAGGGAGGAAGAACCAGAGGAGGAGGAGGAGGAGGAGGACAGACAUAAUGUCAAACGGCUUAAGUUUGAUAAGGAUGCAGAGGAGCAGAAUGAAGCCAGAGGGAACGAGUUGUCUUGUCAUGCUCCUGCUGAGAGUUCAACAGAUGUGGCAGAGUCCUCUCUGCAUGUUAGUAUGGAAGUCAAAGAAACUGCUGUGCUCGUUUGUGAAGACCAAGAGCCCUCCAGUACACAGUCAGAGUCUGGUGAUGAUACGGCUGCCGUAUUGGGGACGCCGGAUUCUCCUGGCUCCUCCCACAGUAAUAUGAGUGGCUGUGAAGUAAAGCUGUCAGAGCACAAGACACAGCUAGACAGGUCUGACCCUGCAGAAAUGGAGGAGGCUGAGGAAAACUGUGACCCAGUAAGCAGUAGCAGUAACAGUGGUAGUGAGGAAGGAGAGUGUCAUACAGAGUCUACGUCUUCGUCUCCCAGCAGUUACACAGAGCCGGCAGCAGAGGGCAACAGCGUUGCGGAGGACACUUCACAAAGCUCAGAACAUGCGCAAGACUGAUUGGAGCAAAACAAUUGCUUAAUUUUUUAAAAAUAAACACAGCACCACAUCAGCCCCAAAUUACCAGCAGCCCUGGAAAGAGAGUGCAAGUCUUAAUACCUCACACCAGAGGAGGGCAUUUUCAUGGUAAAUCAGAGAACCUUAUCCUCCUCAGGUCUCUACACAAACCUUGCAUGGCCUUCUGACAGCCACACUUCAUGAUGCUGUGUCUUUUUUUUUUUUUUUCUUCUGGAGAAUGGUUUUAACUUGAGCUUUUUGUUUACUGACACACAAGCCUACAGUGGUGAAUGUAUGAUGGUCUAAUCAUGGUGGUUACCCAGUUUCUUAAAAUUGUUUUGCCACAGAUUUUCUAUAAAGGUGUUUAAUCAAAGAGUUGUGUGCAUGUGGUCCCACCCUUAUGUUUUGUUAUAGACCAGGAUUAUGUAGUCAGAAAGAUGCUUUAAUCUACAAAUCAGGAUUAAAACAUUCCAGGGGCCUCUUCAAAAAACCUCCAUGUAGGAUUGAACCACUAGCGGUUGUAAUUCAAAUACCAUCUAUUCCUGAAAGAAGUCAAGGUGUCUAACUGGAGGAUUAUGUAAACAAUCACUGGAAUAAAGUAUUUUAUACUUGUGAAA